AGUCUAUGAUGUUUUUUAGUUUUGUUUUGAAUCGAGCGAGAAGCAUCGAUUCCCAAGCGAUUCUAACACAGCGCCCGGGAGACUCGGAUACACUUUUGAGCCUUCCUUAAGAAUCGCGAAGAUGAUUUUCGACAAGGUGAAGAAGUUUCAGGUUGUUUUUGACUCUCCUGAUGUUGCCUCUCCGCCUGUGUUCAGCAGUGGAGAUGUGGUGUCAGGAAGAAUCGCGCUCGAGCUCAGUGCAGAAACUAAAGUGCAAUCGGUAAAACUUCAUGCUGAAGGUUAUGCGAAAGUGCAUUGGACUGAAUCUCGCAGUGCAGGAUCCAGCACGGCUUAUACACAGAAUUACAGCGACGAGGUGGAGUAUCUGAACCAGAGAGAGGUGCUUCUGCAGGCAGAUAACGGGGAAACGACAACGCUUUCUGCUGGAAGACAUGAAUAUCCGUUCAGUUUCCAGCUUCCUGAAGAGACACUGGUGACUUCCUUUGAAGGCAAGCAUGGCAGCAUUCGGUACUGGGUCAAGGUGAAGUUGCACCGACCGUGGCAUCCAGUGAAGAAGAUCAAGAAAGAGUUCACGGUUAUUGAACCCAUCGAUAUCAACACACCGUCCCUCCUUGCACCUCAGGCUGGAACCAAAGAGAAGAUGGCUCGUGUCUGGUACCACAAUUUUGGACAAGUGUCUGUCACUGCAAAGAUCAACCGCAAAGGCUACACACCAGGUGAAGUGAUUCCGGUCUUUGCUGAAUUUGACAACUCCACCUCUAGACCUGUCGUGCCCAAGGCUUACAUCACCCAGACUCAGACCUUCAUUGCAAGGGGCACUAUGAAGCAGAAGCAAGCUGUUAUAGCCACACUGUGUGGAGAUGUAGUGGGAGCCAGGCGCAGGGAGACCUGGCACGGCCGUGCCAUCAAGAUACCUCCGGUCGGUCCCUCAAUCCUUCAGUGCCGUAUCAUCAAAGUGGAGUACAUGCUUAAGGUUUGUGUGGACAUUCCUGGCCCUUCAAAGCUAUCUCUGGAGCUUCCACUGGUCAUGGGGACCAUCCCUCUCCAUCCUUUUGGCAGCCGCACCUCCAGCGUCAGCAGCCAGUACAGUCUGAACCUGGACUGGUUCCGCAUGGCCAUCCCUGAGCAGCGUGAAGCCCCUCCUGACUACAGCUCGGUCGUCACUGAAGAGGAGGCUGAGCAGAAUUCUGCAGUCAGCCGUGUUGAGGAGGACCUCAGCGCAGUACUGGAGCGCCCCUUCAUGGCGUAUGUGCAGGAAUUCCGCUUCAGGCCACCGCCAGUAUACAGCGAGGUGGACCCGAAUCCUCAGCCAGUGAACAUCAGACCACGCUGCAUGACCUGUUGAACAUCACGCUGAGCAUCACACAGUGAUAUCAUGUUUAAAAUAAAAAAAAGCAGAGAUUUGCUGUCUGCUGGAGGCUUUGGAUCUCUGAGAUUGGCACCUGCCCCUGGGGAGCUGUGUUCAUCGGCUUAGGAUAUGUGCGGUGAUGCCCGUUAAGGACGAGAACUAGGAACUGUCUGGACUGAUGGCCGGAUGGAUUCCCGAGUCUUUGCAAGAGAGAGAAAAAUUAGAAGAGGCACAAGACGAAUGGAUUUUUUUUCCUCUCACACAUCUGUCUUUUAACCUGUCUCUGAGUAGACUUUGGUCAGUGCCCGCUAAUGACUAACAACCUCUGAAGCUUAUUUUGUGUUAUGGAGGCGGCUAGUCUGGGAAAGGUUUGCUCGUAAAGGAGCCUUUUUUAAAGUAAUGCCUAACCCUGUGGGGCUCAGUGUUAAGGUGACUUUUCUGUACUUAAAGUCAACAUUGGUGCCAACUCCAUAUCAUAUAAUCACCAUCUGCUAUCUGGAGUAAUAAUGCUUUUAAACAACAAACCAUUGGUGGUAGUCAAAGUGCUUCCGGGAAUGCAUUGUUUCUCCUUUGUAUCUCUACCAUCAAGAACACAAUGUUAAUCUGAACUCUUUUUGGUGUUUGCUGUAUGCAGGUUAAAAAAAAAAAGAGAGAGAGUUGUGUAUAUUCAGACCCGCCUUAAUAUGCACGUAUAAUACAGGGCAAAAGGAUAAGUUGAAGCUUUAAGUUGGGGAGUCUCCACAUUUACUGAAAAUCCUGGAGGCAGGAUGUUUUCUCGAAUAGGAAACUGCCGAUGUGAUGAUGAUGAUGAUGAUGAAGACAAAACAUAAACAUUUAAGGCUUUAACGUGACUCUAACAAGGUGCUUUUUCAAUGUUUUGCCAGUGGCCUUAUAUGACUUAUGACAACGCUGUAAGCAGGCACAGACCUUAUGUCUUAAAGUCAUUAGCUGGAUAACAAGCCAUGUUUGCUCGCUGUGCCUUUUUUCUGUUGUUGCAACAGCAGCUCGACUGAUUACAGGGAUUACGCACGACGAUGCAUUGAGCUUUAAACUUGUUAUACCACUCUGAAGUGUACUUAACAUUCCAAAGAUAGCUAAUGAAAUUCCAAAUUGUGAAAAACAACUUCAGGUAAUAACACAUUGAAUGUACUGUUUAUGGCACUCAUGGAAAAAUGAAUGUAUUUUAUAGUUGUUGUUUUUUUUUCAUAUCCAAAAAUAUAUUUUCUUAAUUGUU